CCUUGCGCGGGAAAGCACGUGCUACGUUCCGUUUUUCCGAACUUUUUCGAAAAUUUCGCAAGUUAUUUCGCGUUUUUGGAUUAACAAAGUUUUACUUUCUUUUUGGAUUCCGAGUGAAAUGUGGCUGUUUUCCGUGGAUUUUACGUGUGAUAUGAAACUUUUGUGUUGUGUAUGAGGAAUAUAAUACAUCUCGAAGGGAUCUUUUGUGCCGAUAUAAAAUGCUCAAGUGGACUGUAUAUGGUAAAAAGACUCAAGACAUACACAUAAAUAACGAUGAAGAAGCGGAAGAAGGAAAUCAGCAACACAAAGCUUACGAUGAAAAAUUAAGACGUUCUCUAGAUGCGCAGACAGUUAAAAAAAGCAAAAAGCCUAGCAGAUAUCAAAGAAGAUCUUUGGGCACAGCUGCUCGGAAAAAUAACUGCCGAAAUGUUGACAAAGAAAAUAUUAACUGCAUAGGCAAUACACCAAAUCAUUUUAGAGAAGGUUUCAUUAAGAAAAUUGAUAGCAAUGCUUUAAAAGACGUUAGCAACAUCACCCCUACUCCCGGUACUCCAAACUUCGAAAAAAGGAUGCUUUUUCGUAAUGCAUCCAAAGACGAUAUUCCUCCAGAUUUACCUCCUACUCCUCCUACGUAUAGUAGAAGAGUUAGAGAAGCUAAAAAGAGAAAACUUGAAACUAGCUGCAAUAAUAACGUAGUUUUUAAUAGAAAUAGUUGUAUUUAUAAAUCUGAAAGAAGAAUGAAGCAAGACAGAAGUUUAAUAACAUCUCCUAAGCUAAGUCAUAGUGUUUCUGAACCAUCAUUGAAUGAGUUAUCGGAAAGGUUAAGUUUAAAUUCAGAUAGUAACAGAAGCUCUUUCGUAAUAGCGAAGCAGAUAAAUAACAAGAAACCUGUUUGCACAACAAAAACUGCAAGUGAAGGUUUAGUAGAAAUUGAAUAUGACAAAGAUUUAGUUAUAAAUUGUAUUGAAAAACCAGUUGCUGUCGAUAAAACAAAAUUAGAAAAAUCUACUCUACCUAUAUUUGGACAUCGAAUAUUUACAGAUAACCUUUUAUAUUUUAAUAAAAAUGAAGAUGGUCCGCCUAAUGUAAGACCAUUAAAACGGACACGAAAAAAAUCUAAUGAAUUUCAAAGUUCUUUUAAAUCUCCUUCUAUUGAUAAGAAAGAUGUACAUUCUUUAGUUAGAGAUGGUUGUUCUCCAUCUAUUACACCACUGUCUGUAAAAUUAGCUGCCCUUAGAUUUAGUACUAUGAGUACGCAUACUAAGUCACAAAGAACUGUUUGUAAUAAUGAUGUUACUGAAUUCUUCCCAAAAAUUGAGAUUCCUUUUACUAUUCCAUUAAGGGAUGAAGAAAGUACUACUGAAAUGGAAAAUAAGUUUAUUCUUGGGAAAGAUUCUAUAAAUAGUACAUCUGAAUCAACAGUUUCAACUACUCAAAUGGGAGACAUUACUCUAGAAAGGAUGAUAGAGGACAUAAUAAAAAGUACUAAAAUUGUGAAAUCUAAGAGAAGAGUAUUAACCAACAUGGAAUCUGAAGAUAAAGUCUCUAUUGAAGAAGAAAUUCCCACAAUUGAAACAAUUAAAGACUUGUUUGUCAAACCACAAACUGAAGUUAAAACAAAUAUAAUCAAAGAAGCCAAAUAUGUUAACUUAUCGAGAGAAAAUUCAGUAUCUCCUAAAACUACACCAACUAAAAAGAGAACUCCAGUUCAUAGAGUCAACGAUAAAUUACUAAAGAAUGUACCAAUUGGUGGAUUUAUCUUAGAUGAUGGUGACGGUUAUAAUGAGAGAGAAGUGAAAACUCCAGAUAAAUGCGUAGACAUUAAGCCUAAAUUAGCUAUUUAUGAUCAUAUGUCAUUAAAUAGAUCACAAUCAAUGAAAUGGUCUUUAACUGAAAAAUGCAAUCUGAACCAAGUAUCUUCUGAAUCCACGCCAGAUGUAUAUUCUUCCAUAAAAGAUUGUAAAAAUAAUAGAUUGAGAAGACAAAAAUGCAUUCGCAGAAAAAAGUCCACUGUUAGCAUAGAUAGUCUAUGGAAACAAAAACAAAUUGAGUCCAAAUCUUCUUUGUUCCUAACAUUGGAAAUGGGCUUACCUAGUCCAACUACAACACUACAGAACCUAUCACUUUGUGAACCUAUAAGUGAAACAUACACCCGAAUUCCAUUAGAAAAAGAUUAUGCACUAAAUAACUCAAUUGCUUCAAGUGUAUCACACAGCAGUCUAAAAAUAAACGGGCCAGCGCAAAACAAAAGAUCAAGAGAAUUGUUUGGUUUAACAUUAGAGAAUGGUAUUCCUAGCCCAAUAACUCCAUUACCGAAUCUUAAGCGAUCCAGUAAUGUUCUUAGUGAAGAAAGAGCUCACAAAACGAGUAAAUUGGAGGAAGAUUUAUUUUCAAACGGUGCUAUGACACCAGUGUUAGAACAUAAAACAUCAAGACGCUGCCUCACGUAUUCCCCAGAAGAUAGUAGUAUUAGUAGCAGUGAAGAAAAGCGGCGAAGCGUUGCAAGCAACCGUUUAGAAAGAAGUGCAGAUCGAUUUCAAUCUCUGAAAGGAACAAUCGAUUUAGAAAUUAUCAUGAGAAAUGAUAUAAUAGACGUGCACGUAAUCCGCUGCCGGGAUCUUCAGCGUCCUUCUGGGAAAGUAGACGAUAUAAAUGCAUAUGCAAAGGUUGUGAUCAGCGGUGUCGCCGAAGACCAAAGCUUGCCGUCUCAGCGGUCAAUAUUCCAGCGAACCUCAGUCCUCUACGGAAAGAGAGAGCCGGAGUUCCAGCGACAUCUAAAACUGCCGCUACCUACGGCAGUGUACGAUCAUCAGAUGCUACAUAUCUCUGUAUGGCACAGGGAUAAGAAGUACAGACGGAGCGAGUUUCUAGGAUGCGUCUCGUUUCCGUUAAAAGAUGCGAUUAAAAGCGACAUAUCCGGCACGUACAUCCUGCAGCAGGGGCGCACGGGCGCGGCGCCGGACAGUCGCCUGACCGAGCGGCGCAAGAUGGCCACUGACAACACCGAGGCUAGCACCAAUGAUGGCGCUAAGGAAAAUACUGAUAAAGGCGUAGCAUCCAACGGGCCGUCCACAAACCAAGCUCAAAUAGCUGCAGCAUUGCAACGCGAAGCCGACGAGCACCUGUUCCUCCGGUACUUGGAGCUCGACCCUCCGGAGGACCCGGCUGCACCACGGCGGACACAAAGAAAUGGACGCACACCUUUCACAACUACUAGAAAAUUAGUACGAGGAAUGAGUGGAGGUUUCGGUUUCACGGUGGUCUGGACCCGUCCUCCCAAAGUGGAGAGAGUGGCAGCAGGAGGAUCGGCAGAGAGAGCAGGGCUCCGCGCCGGUGACUACAUUGUGUUUGUCGGCAACAAGAACGUAGUCACGGCUUCAGAGGAAGAAGUCCGGAAUCUUGUCAAAUCAGCUGGACAGACCCUAAAUUUGGAAACGUUCAGACGCGUGCCACAGAACGGAGUUGGAGCUAAACCUCGCUUGGCUCAAGUGUCAAUACCGGCUCCAGAAUCCACGCCACCUCCAGCACCUAGAUCUCCAAGAGCUGCAGCCUUGGCUUCCCCAGCAGCAGCUGCAAGACCACCAACGGCAUGUUCCUCCACUAGUCAAUCAUUGGAUAGACGCAAGCUACAUCUGCCCCAAGUUACAUUCUCAAAAGAGACUACAGGACUAUCAACAGAUGGGAGAAAACGAGCACUUUUAUCUCUUGUGGCAAGGGAGCAACAUUAUGCAACCUGCCUCCAAUUUGGACUAGUCCGAUUCGUUUCCCCACUGGCUGAAAGAGCAGAUCUCAUUGCUCCAAGCGAUCAUCAGUUAUUGUUCCAAAAUAUAGAAGAGAUAUUUAGGCUAUCUGAAGACAUUUUGGACCAAAUUGUGCAAGAUGACGGUGAAAUACAAACUUCUACAGUUGUCGCGGUGUAUUUACAAAAGGCUCCUGCAUUCCUUAGUCUUUAUAAGAAAUAUUGUCUUGGACUAAAACGAGCUGAUUGUGUAUUGGUAAAAAAAUCAAAAGACCCCAGCGGUGCGUUUUCAAGAUUCUGCACAAGUCCGCCAAUUCCAAGAAGAAGGCCAGAUAUAACGUCCUUAGUCCACAAGCCGCUGGAACAGUUCCGAGAAUUGCUUCGAUUGAUGAGAGCAGCUGUUGGCAGUAAUGGAUCAGGUCCAUAUGAUCAGCUGGAGAAGAAACAACUGCAAGUUAUUGUGGAGCAGUUACAGAGUGGAUACCAAGAUGUAACAGCGGGAUCAGGUUUGAUGGGACUUGCUGGAGAUGGAAAACCAUUAUUGUCUGUUGCCGACCUCGAGAGUCGACUCGUGUUCACUAGAUGUAAGCCAUUCGUCUUAAGCACGGCAGGAAGGCAAUGGAUCUUCGGUGGAGAACUUUCCAGAGUGGAAGGCAGAACAAUAAGACCCUACUGGGCCUUACUAUUCACAGACCUGCUAUUAUUUGCCACUGUGUCGAGGGACCGAGUCCUUUUUGUAACAGAAGAGCCCGUUGCACUUGGGACCGUGUCAGAAGCUCAGUUCAAUGUUAGGAAAAAAGCAACAGAGUUCCGGCUAAUCUUGGGUCGCGCCGGUGGGGAAAGCCCAUUAGUGUCGUGCGCUCCACGGACUCCAGCCCGCUCUCGACCCAUCGUGUUGAGAGCUCCAUCUAUUGACCUUAAAGCUGUUUGGCAGAGCUUACUGCAGAGACAAAUUUAUCGGGCACACACCAUGUCAGGGACACCACUCGGGUCGCCGUUGGACUCACCAGAUCCACAGCUGACCUUUAGCCUGGCAACUCUUGACUCCCAGCAGCGACAGACUCGACGCAGUUCAGCAGAAACACAGACUGGUGGAGGGGGGAGUGCUGCAGAAGGCCCCAGAAGUAAUCGAAGUCGAGGAUCCACAUUACACUUGCAAAGAUGGAUGACUCAGUUACCUGAAGCUGAAGAACUAGACCCACCAGAGCCUGAUAUGGAGAUGUGGAGUGUAGAAGAGCUUAGAAAGAGAUCAAAAGAACUAAACCUUUUAGAAGUAGCAGAACUUAUAGAAAAUACUGAAAAAAGAGAAAGUACUGUUGUUAAUAGUGUGGAAAAGAAGGAAAAUGACCGAAGUCCAUCUAAAAGUAGUAAUUCUGGUAGUCAGAUUACUGUACGAACGAGUCCGGUAGUGGUUGAUACUAUUCCUGUCUGCCGACAGUGUCACAAGAAGUGUUUGUCGAAGCCAAAUAGUCCAUUAAUAUCACAAAAAGAACCACCAGUACCUCUAAAACCAAAAACGGAAGCUUCACCUCAAAAUUCCUCCUCAAAUAAAAGUAACACAAGCAUUUGUAGUGCAAACUGUGGUAAUCGUAAACAAAAACAUUUUUCUCACUUAGAACGUAAAGGUGCUAUUAGGAUACGCCCUGAAGAUGCCCCUAAGGCAGCAAUGAAAGUAAUUGACUCAAUUGAACAAAGUCAAAGAAUGCUCAAAUCUAAAUCUUAUGAGCUCAAAACUGAUUCCCCGAUUUUGAACACCAGUAUCACAAGAAGUCAUAGUCACACAAAGAGCCAUUUGGAACUGAGAAAAGAACAUUCUAUUAGAUCACCUAGUCCCACUUCUAGUAGUAGAAAUAGUCCUCUGUCCACUAGUCACACAACUUGUAGCUCUAUGGUAUUCAAUUCUAGUUCAAACGACUUAAGAACAUCCAAUUCAAAUAUAGCUAACCAAGUUCAAUGUGUUAUAGCUCAGGAGAAAUACUUGAAUGAAGUUAAAUGUGUAGAAAGCAUAACCUUAUCAAAAACGAGAACAUCUGCUUAUUCUUCACCGGCAACUUUAAGAAAAGAUGAAAGAACGCGACAAAAAGCUGAGACUGUUUUAAAUAAAGUCUUAGGCAUGAAUAUAAUAACAAAAAGAGAAAACGUCGGUACACGCCUUAGAACUUCAUCUGUCUUUUUGGACGACGAUUCAAUAAAUGACGACGAUAAUGACUUUAGAAUAGAAAGAGGUCUUCGAAGAUCACCAAGAAUGGGUAUAUCGGCUGUUAGUAAAAUGAAUGGAGAUAUAAAUAAUAAAUCAGAACUGUUUGAAGAUAUAAAUGCAAAUACAAAUGAUGUUUUAUCUGACGAGGAUUCUGAGCUAGGACCACUGAUGUUAAUGGGUCUUUCAGCGAUAAAUCCCGCAGCGCAUCUUAUGAGAGUUGAACCAUUUAAAAGAACACAUUUCGAACUUUCUGCAACUAGCAUAAACAAUAAGGUGAAUUCAAGACCAGGAAGUCUUGGUUCAAUACAUUCCGAUUCUCCUGUGCCCAAUAUAGCAGUUGUUCCGCCAACUCCUGAUUAUAAUAUGACUAAUAAGACUGAUGAACUUAUAGAUGAAUCUCCUGAUUCCCCAGAUGUCCCAGAUGACUUACCUUAUGUAUCACUAAAAAGAUAUGGUACAAUGUCAAGCCUUGAGAGGCUGCCAUCCGAUGAGACUGAUGACGGUAACGUAAGACUGACAGCACAAGAGCCAGAUGCUUCUAAGACGUAUAGCACAGUAACUAGUGCAGCAGGUGGUAUCAUGGGCUGGACUGCACGCGCUGGUUCAUUUGUUGUUGAGAAGAUGAAUAUAUUUAGUCACACGGAAAGUGUGCCAAACACAUCAAUAGCACAUAAACAACCUUCCUUUUUAGAAAGGUGCCUUGGAGUUGGUGAUUGGAAGUCAGCUAUUGGAACUGAGGAGGGUACAGUUGAAACCGGUGAAGGUAGUGGCGCAAGUGGCGAAGAAGCUUGGGGCACUCCAUCAUCUGGUGAUCUAUCAGAUAAUCUACCUGAUUCUGAACAUGGGACACUCUCCUCACCAACGAAGUCUUCGUCAUCAUACGCUGGUGAUGAUGAUACGGAACUGAUGAUGGAUGAGCUAUUAAUGGCACCUACAAUAACUGGACCGACAACUAUGCGACCCCUUUUACCGAGAGACGUAUUUAGAAGAAGAUUAGAACCUUUAUUAGAAGAAGAUGGUUCUGAUAGUGGAAGCGAGGACAACAAACCAACGCCAACAAAUUCCGAUGACCAGGGCAGCGAGCGUGGCCUCGGUGCUGACGAUUGUUGCGACGCGCCGCACCUACCGCCCUCUGCUUCAGAAUCAGAAGCAGAGGACGGUGUGUGCGACGCGGAGCCCGAGGGCCCUGGCGAGGAGCGCAAUGGUGGCGCCGCGUCAGAGCUGAGUCCCGACCGGACGCCCACCAACGAGGCGCCAUCGAUGCCCUUACAAUCUGUUUCAAAAGAGUGUGUGGAGCGAGCAUCUGCUGGCGGCGCUCGGCGGGGCUCAGCCAGUUCAGCCAGCACGCCCUCCACACUCGAACGCACCACUAUCCACAACCCGACACCCCUACAUCAGCUGUCACCAGCUUCGGAGCCACCACAAGUAGCAGAGUGUUCACGGGAGGAGGCGAGGCCCGCGUCACCGGAGCGGCUCAGUCCGCGCGCGGAAAUGCGCCUGGCGCUCGACCAGGGGAAGGACAUAUUGGCGGAACAGGAAGUGGCAUGGGGUGGCGCGCGCGACCACUGGUCGUUUCGCGCGGCGUGCCAACGGUCGCUGGUGCGGCGCGUUGCGAGCGCGGACGCGGUCACGCUGUGCCGCACCGGCCCUCAUACUACUUCGCGCAGUUCUGUAUAUGCUUGGAAAGCUCCAGAAACCGAACCGAAACUUAUGGAGAUGGAGCAACUGGCACGAGCGGAAGCUCUGACGAUGCGUUCGCGGACGCGCUCUCAAUGCCAGAACGGGAAGAUAUUGGGGUUCCUCCGCCGGCGAGCGUCCUCCGAUAGCCCUCGCCGCGAGCCGUUCCUGCUGAACGCGCGCCCCUUCUCCCCCCGCCGCAGCACUGAAAAACAUUUCGAGAAACGAUUCUGGAAACAAGUGACCAGAAGACGUCAAUCUUGUGGCUCCAUUAGCCAAAUAUAGACGCUAAAAACAAAAGAAACUUUAAAAACUGAAAAACGUGUAAGUGUUCAUUGUCUUGUACUUUAAAUGUAGAAAGAUAUACAAAGAAGAAGAUAGGAGUCAUUUUAAUAUAGACAGUGAGAGUGUUCAUAAAUAUUAAGGACAAGGUGUAGUUUAUAUUGUCGUAGACUAAGAUUUUAACGGACUAGAUAAUUUUGGAGCUGCGAAUGAAAUAGAGCGUAAAGAAUAGUUAGGAUGCCAAAAUACGUGACGAGGAAGGAUUUGCCAAAAUACUGACGAAAGGGACCUGUCGACAGAACUUCAUAUCGUAGGUAGAAACCAAAUAUGGUUGAAAUAGGUACUGUUGUAGAUAGAAAUUCUGUAAGGCCUAAAAUGCUUAUUAUUUGUGUAUAAAUCUUUGAAAGAAGCGGUUAAAAGUUUCUCUUAACUAGAUGUACAUAUUAUAGUGAAUAAAUAAAAGGUAGUAGAUUAAGCUUUUUUGAAAAAAGGGCUUUGUGUAUUAUAUCUAGUUGUUUUAGCAGUUUUUCUUGUAACGCUGUUGACUAUUGAGAAAUUAAUGUAUUUCAUACAUUUCAUUGUUAAAUAGAUAUUUAUUAAAUGUAAUAAAAUAUUGAUGUACCUAAUUUAAAUUCUGAUGAUCCCGGAGCUUAAAUUUACGUAAAAGUAAAAUUUAAAUGUAAUAAUAUCUGUCUUGUUGACUUUUUCAACUUGGGAAACUUGAACGGGUUAAAUCUUGUUACCUAAUAACGUUUCAUGUAAAAUAACUUUUAGAUGAAUAAUUUAAAGUUUUUUGAAGUGACUCGUCGAAUUUAUUACUUUUUAAAUUAAUAUUAUUUCAUAUUAUUAUAAUAAAUUUAUUAUUGCGAGCCUGUGAGGCAACAAUUUUAAGAUUCAUCUUUGUAUGUCUCUCAUUUUCAAUGUCGCAAAUAAACUUAUUAAAUUUCUUGCUUUCCUUUCAUUUAUCCUUUUUAUUGUAUGAAUGUUGUCAGUGCGUGGGUAGAAUGCUGUUUCAAAAGCUUCCUGAGUAGGUAAUUCAUAUUUAUGUUAGUUUUUCACCGCCUCAUUAUAUCAUAAAUGAAUAACGUGUAGAAAGCACUUAAAAUUCAAGGACUUAAUUAAGCUGCCAAAAUAUUUUUCAGCAUUUUCUAUUUUUACCUCCCAGGCCACUAAAUUGUCAUACGGUUUACGGAGAUAUUUGAAGGAGCUUUCUGUAAUUUAAAAUAGGUAAUAUAUAUUAUUUCGAUAGCAAUGCACUGGGUGCUUGAUAGUGUAAGAUAGCAAUAAAAUAUGAUAAACAACACUGAAUUUAAAGGUAAAUAAAACAUAAUAUAAUUGUUAAGGCACGUAUAUUGAUUAAAAAUUAUCAAAAUACAAUAUAUUUAUAUCAGUAUGUAAAUAUAGCUUUGUUAUAAUAUUAAUAUUGUCCUCAGCACCACUAUCAAUAUUUUAUUUCAUCAAUUAAAAAACAAUAUUGGAGAGAUAUAUCAAUUCCAUUCAUCUUAGUCACAUCAAUUUGUUACAAAAUCGUUUAAUAUCAAAUGAUUCUUCUUAUUAGUUAAAAAUGUAUUUAAUUGUUUUUAUUACAUUUAUUGUCUACAAAUAAGCAUUCACAUUGAGCACUAAAACAUCCCGAUUACCAAAAACCCACGCACACGUAGCAAUCGAGGCAAGACAUAUGUUUUUAAAUCACACAACAAAUAACAGGGAAU